AUAAAUCUCUUGACUUGAACUACAAGACAAUCAAACUCUUGUCACAAGAAUUCUCUCCAUUAACCCUUCCCUUCACCCUUCCUCGCCAUUUAUAUCAUUGCAACGAUGAGCAGAAUCAAAAAAACAAACUCAGAAUCCGAAAUUCAAACCGAAACCCAACAAAAAAUACCUAAAAAAUGGAAAAUUCUGAGUUUUUUCCUUCGACAGAGAUCGUAUUCUUCGACUUGGAAACGACAGUACCGAACAAUAAAUCUUCAGGAGGAAGGUUUCGGGUAUUAGAAUUCGGUGCAAUCAUCGUUUGUCCGAGAAAACUUGUCGAGCUAGAAAGCUACACAACUCUUAUAAGACCUAAAGACUUGUCUGUGGUCGCAUUACGAUCUGGUCGAACAGACGGGAUAACUCGAAAAGCUGUUGCUGAUGCCCCCGAAUUCGAGCAAGUUGCUGACAAAAUCUUUGGGAUUUUGAAUGGAAGAAUAUGGGCAGGACAUAAUAUCCGAAGAUUUGAUUGUGUUCGUAUUAAGGAAGCAUUUGCAGAGAUCGGUAGGGAUCCACCGGUGCCUGUUGGUAUGAUCGAUUCGUUAGGGGUUUUGGGUCAGAAGUUUGGUCGAAGAGCUGGUAAUCUCAAGAUGGCAACUUUGGCUGAUUACUUUGGACUUGGGCAGCAAAAGCACAGGAGUCUUGAAGAUGUCCGUAUGAAUUUGGAGGUUUUGAAGCACUGCGCCACAGUUUUGUUUUUGGAAUCAAAUAUUCCAAGUUUGUCGAAUGAAAAUUGGAAAAACUCUUGUUCAACAAUUACAACACGAAGUAGAAGCAACGCCAAAGUGAUAAGCAGAGAAGAAACAUGCAAUCGCAAAUCUCCUCCAGCAACUCCCCUUGCAUACCAAAGACCCCUUCCUUAUGCAAGACCAAGUUUUGGAAAGGUAACAGAAUUAGGAGUGAGAAGUUUGUUGUGCAAGGCUCAAGAGACGAAAACCCUAAACAAGAUACUGAAGCAUUCUCAUUCACUGCUAAGAUGAGAUGCAUCAUCAACUCCUUUUGAUUUAUUAGAGACUUUGAUGUAUCGUUAUGAUUUCUAAUUCAUUAUUCUUUAUUCUUUAAUAAAUUCUUAUAUACAGAAAAAUAAUGUAACAUAUCAGAGUUAUAUAUGUAUUCUUCAUAUGCGAAA